AUGCUCCUUUGCUGUUGUUGGCCGUUGGGAAAGUGUGCAAAGGUGUUGGCAUGUUUCGACUUCAUGAUCGUCGCCUUCUUCUUCUACAAAUCUUUCAUUCUUCUCAUGGAGACUUCUAAUGAUUUGCACUGGACCACUAUCGUCUCUUUCUUGUUCUUCUUGGGAUUCUUGGUGUGCCAAGCGCUUGGAUUCUUCUUUAUUGUGCUCGCCGCAAGGAAGAAGUGCGCACGUUACUGUUUGCCAAGACUCGUCCUAAUCGCCGGUCUUACUGUAUGCUCGCUGAUCGUGCUGAUCUUCAUGAUCACCUACUUCGCAGGCUCCGCCCAAUCGGUGAACAAUUUCUUGUUCCGUGUCUAUGAGUACUUUUUCGGCGUCCCCCUGACGGAUGCUGACAAAGUGGAGUUGAAGCACGAGUUGAGAUAUUACGGAGCCGCGUUCUUCGUCUUGGCCGCCUUGUUUUUCAUUUACAACGUAUUCGCUCUAUGGCUCACCAUCAAAUUCAAGCAAUCACUCAACGAGUUCGAGCCCGUCCCCACCGAGCCAACAGCCCCACAACUUGCUCACAACCCGGCGUACGCCGAGCCACCACUCAAAUCCUACCCGAAUAUGGCGUAA